CAAUCUAGUUAUGUAAUCAAGCAACAUCACGCGCCCCCCACAAACGCACACCGCGCGCGACGCAACGCAACAAGGGGAGGAAGAUUCAUAUAAAAGGCUCAACACAAACCAAUGUUUUACUUGCUAUCACGUAUAGUCAGCUUGACUGGCGCUUUCCUCUAUCCAGCAUAUGGAUCUUACAAGACCCUCGCGCAUAGACCCGCAUUAGAGGAAGAUCUCGAACGUUGGUUAAUGUAUUGGUCCGUUCUGGGAUGUAUCAUCGCGAUCGAAUACGUAGCUGAAUGGCUAGUUCGAUGGAUCCCAUUUUAUUGGGUGAUCAAGACGAUGUUCUUACUUUACCUCGUCUCACCUCAAACUCAGGGAGCAACAUACAUCUAUAAACAACAUCUCGAACCAUUCCUAUCCGAACAUGAACAAGAAAUCGACACAGCGAUCAUCAAAGCAAAAGUAAAACUCUACGAUUUCGUCCAAGCUAAACUUCGAGCUUUAUGGGAAUACGUUUCAUCUUCUAUCAUCAAUCAAGCUUCUUCUUCUUCUCCCACUCCAUAUAAUGGUGCUCAACAACAACAACAUUAUAAUUCGGCUCAACCACCGACGUUUGGAGAUCCAGCGAGUGGACCUACGCAGAUGGCAUGGAAUUUAUGGAGGACGUACGGUCCUUCCGUGAUUGCACAAGGAAGUGCAGUCUUGGCGGCCGCCACGGCAGCAGCGACCGCUAGAGCAAACACGAGCGGUCCUGGCAUCGAAGCACCAGAAAGCGCUGGAAGCACAAGCACGAAUAUAAAUACAAACGACGUCAUUCCUCUCACUCGUAUUAGACCUCCACUCUCACCUGUCUCACCUACGUCGUCAGCACCUUCUUCGUCUAGGGGUGUGACGACGAGGACGACGAGGAGAGGAGUAUCGUUGGGGCAUUCAGAUCAAGGAUAUGAAGACGCUCGACUGUUGGCCGAACGGAAGAAAUGGUCAGGAGCUAAGCUGACUUCUUUACCUUUUGUCAGUGGGAGUGAAGAUGAUGAAGGGGGAGGAGGAAGGGGGAGGAAUCGACGAGAACCAGAUGAGCCAUCGUCUCCUUCAACGGGUAGCACCCCGGGUGAGGACACGACGCUAAUUUCUCAUGAGGGAGUGGGAACGACGAGCGUUUAUUUAUAUUCGGGUGGGGAUGAUAAUGGCGGAAAGUACGAAACGAUCGAUAAGGAGGACGUUUCAAGUGAGGAACAACCAUCCGCCUCCGCUCAGCGUUCCUCUGGUGGAGGGGGAUGGUUCGGUUGGGGAGCGAGCAGUUAUAAAGGGUAUGAAAAGCUGAAGGCUGAGUAAAAUGUCAUCAACAAUAAUUUGUCGUUCGGAUUGUGUGUGGGGACGGGCUAGGGAAAAGGGGUUUUCGGCCCGCUGUUGUCUUGAUGAUGUUUCUUUUCUUUUUUUUUCAGCCCUUACGUGAAUCAACAUCUUCUUCUUUGCGCGCCCCCCCCCUCAGUCUAUCACAACCGAUCCAUGUCUUGAUGCUACGUCUUGGGACAUAGCCACUACGGUGUUAAAGAAAAUAUAACAACAGCAACAUCAUCAUUGGCCGCCAGUGAUACCAAAUUUUUCUUCAAUCAUUAAUUACAAAUGUACCCUCUUUUUCCGCCAAACUUGAGGCCUAGCUUGUCUUAACUCGAUUCUUGUAAAUAUGUAGUUGUGUAUCUGACUGUUGAAUCUGUAAAUAUUAAUAUCCUCAAUUGAUCAUUGCAUGGAUG